GGGAUAUUCCAGACAACCUCACAUGACUCUUAUCAGGUGACUUGGGUAGUAAACAAUAUGUUGCUCCACUCUCGGAGAGCGAGGAGUGAAGAAUUCCUUAUCUUAUUGAUUCCUGCUUAAAAAUUUCUUAAUAUGGCCGAUGAAAAAACAUCAUUAUUUGGGGAAUCUCAAUACAACAGUUCAGCAUCAGAAGGCAAUAACACAUACUAUGGCUCCAACAUAUCAAAAGAUAAAAAGGCAAUGUUUGCUUUUGUUGGAGUGGUAACAAUCUCAGUAUUAAUUUCUAUUAUCCUUAGCAUUGUGCAAGGAGCAAAGACCAAAUCUCAUGGAUUCAUUUUUUUCCUACUUGGAUUAAGUUUGAUUGGAUUUGUUGCCAUCGAGCUUUUUUUGAUACGUUUUAUUAAAUCUGGCGACUUACAUGAAAGCAAGACUUGGUUCUUAUAUAUUGUUGGUGGAUGUGCAAUGUUAGAGUCCAUCUUCACUGACGUCUUACUGUACCAGUGAUAUAGCAGUCACUUUAUGUUGUUGGCUUUUUAAGAAUUAAGUUUUAGAACUUUCUGUUAUUUUUAUAUGCGAUUGGAAGACAAUAUAGGCCUAUGUAUGUAGAAAAUUUUCCUUGAUAUCGAAUACAAAUUUAAAAAAAAAGAGAUAUUACGUAUUGAAAUAAUUAUUGAAGAGCCUUUAAGAUACAAUUAGAUUUGUUUCAACUUGAAUUAGUUUUAAUGUUUAAGAUAACAAAUCAUUAUAUUCCAUUCAAUCAAUAAAUCGAAAUAAUUUAUGUAGUGCCAGAAUCCUUAAAACAAACGUUCUAAAGCGCACAUAAUGCAGUCUAUCAUAGACUUGGUUUCAGUUUUUGUUGUUAGUUGGUGUAUUUUAAUAAAAAUGAAUUUUGAAUUCAA